CUUUCUAUGUCUAUCGAGAUUUGAGAGACAUCCUCGGCUGAUCGUCUUUCUGGAUACUGUUCAUUCUCGUCUUUGAUACUUUCCCACUUUCUAUUGCAACAUAACUCCAUCAGCAGCUCGCCAGUCCUACUCUUGUAGAGCCCAACAUGCGUAGUUACCACUUGAGCAUCACGUGUAUAUGUAUCUUGGUACAGCUACUGCCAGCCGCCAUCGCUUACGGAGAGCGUGGCAUAGCCGAACGGAUGCUGUACUGGAGCGCAUAUAUUUGCGAAGAGCAAACUAAGAUCCUUGACCCGUCUUACGAGUACACGGUUGCGCCGGGAUGCGUUACCAAGAUUUCUUCGAGGACUCGUUGCACUUUAGACGAAUUUUUGCUAUAUUUGUGGGCUCCUAAGCAAGAUUCAAACCCUCCAGAUACGGAAAGACCUACAAGUAUGAAGGUGGAAACUAAGAUCACAGACUUACCGGGCAAGUCAUUCAACCAAUUUGAGGGCGCUAUCAACAAUGCAAUAUUCAACACUGGUUUCCCAGUUGAUGGCAACGUCGAUACCUCAAAGCUUUAUCCUGGGGCUACGGACUACUAUGAUGCGCUUUCAAAGAUGGGCAAGCCUAUUCAGGCUCUAAGUUCGGAAUUUAUGAAGCUGAAAGCAAAUGAUCCGAGCUUGCCAAUGAGUAACAACAUUAAGAAGCCAUGGUUGCUCGGUAAGAACUGCGCAGCCUAUGUAUUUGCACUUCGGCGGAAGGAUAUGGAUGUGUAUCGAGCUACGUUCCUCCGUCAGAAGCUCGGGACACCUCUUGGACUCCAUGGUGGUUUCGCUCCUGUAUUCACCAACAUCAAGACUGCUAAGAUGGUUCAAGGAAACACACCGGAGAGUAUUCAGGCAAUCGAUUUUGACGAAACAAUUUCUAGCUACAUCAAGACGGUUCCAGACAUUGAAGCCAUACUGAAAGCGGAAAACGACGCUUUUAUGAAUGUUCAAAGAACGCCUGGGGAGUUCAUCAACAAAAACCAUCUCAAAGCAGUAGAAGCUGCCAGAUCUGCAGUGACUGGUUGCAACUGCGAAACGGUAAUUCCACGCGAACUCAAGAAGAGGCAGGAGUCGCGAGGUGUUUUCUUCAGAGCAGUCACAAACUGGAAAUGGGAGACAGAUCCUGCAUCCGUACACUGGGGUGGGCCCAAAGCAGCCAGGUCGAGGAAAAUGAGAGCCCAGAGACUCGCAAGAAUUGGGAUUGAGCCAAAGGCAAUUAGUGUCUCAUAUAUGGAAUAGAGAUGCCUGGAUAGAUUAGUCAGAAAUUGUAUCUUCACUGAGUAUUUGAUCAUGAG